CACUGUCAUAGACAGUAUUUAUUUUUAUUAUACUUACUCUUCGUAAUGCUUGUUAAAUAAAAUUAGAGAUAAGAUAACGUUUGGUUUGCCUCAGUUGCCUCCUAUAUAUUACAAUACUCUUUGCUCAGUGCCUCGGUAACAAUGUCGGCGUACGGACCAGAGCAUCCUCGUAACCUUAUCCCAGAGCUGUGCAAUCAGUUCUAUCAUUUAGGAUGGGUAACGGGAACUGGCGGUGGCAUCUCCAUAAAAGAUGGGGAAAAGAUCUACAUAGCACCAUCAGGAGUACAAAAGGAACGGAUGAAGUCAGAUGACCUGUUUGUGCAGACAAUUAAUGAUGAAGAUCUAGAACUUCCACCUCCGGAGAAACAGCUGAAGAAGAGUCAAUGCACGCCUCUGUUCAUGCUGGCGUACAAAGAGCGCGGCGCCGGCGCCGUCAUUCACACGCACUCGCCGCACGCCGUUCGCUGCACGCUACUCUAUGACAAGGAGUUCACCAUCACACAUCAGGAGAUGAUUAAGGGAAUAAAAGACGCCAAACUGGAUCGGUUUCUGCGCUACGACGAGAAGCUAGUUGUCCCCAUCAUUGAGAACACGCCUUUCGAGCGAGACUUGGCCGGCAGUCUCGGCGAGGCUCUGACGCAGUACCCUGGGACCAGUGCUGUGCUAGUUCGGAGACACGGGGUCUAUGUGUGGGGGGACACUUGGCAGCAAGCCAAAACUAUGUCCGAGUGCUAUGACUACCUGUUCGAGAUGGCGGUUGAGAUGAAGAAACUCGGCCUAGAUCCUGGGUUCAACCCGGAAGCACAGAACAAAUCUCUUAACUAAGGAAACUAAAAUGGUCCUACUUUGCUCCUUGGUGGGUAACUAUGCUCCAAUUCAAAAAAGAGCUUACAAUCUAAUAUAUACACCAACUACUCACGUGCAUUUUUUAGUAAGAUUGUGCGGGUUUGCCAGAUCUGGACGGAGUUUUUCUUAGCAACUGAACGGCAAAUUGUGGCCACAUUUUUGCGUUUAGGUGAUAAAGCAUUAAAUAAGCAAAAAAAAGACCAAAAGUUGAGGAAUCAGUAGGACAAUAAUAUAAAUAUACUGAUUUAUACAUAAAUUAAUUGUUUUAUCAGAAAACACAAUGCCCCUAAUGAGGGCGCCACUGGACGGUCGACGCAGUCUUUAGAUCCAUACCUGUUAAUUAGUUUUAAGUUUUGUUACUAUCAUUAAAGUUUAUACUUCAUAUCGCAACAC